AUGCCAGUUGAUCAAAUACAGUAUUCUGAAAGAUACAACGAUGACGUCUACGAAUAUAGGCACGUAAUUCUCCCACCAGAUAUAGCUCGUUUAGUGCCAAAAUCUCACCUUAUGACAGAAACGGAGUGGAGAAAUCUAGGUGUUCAACAAAGUCCUGGAUGGUUACACUUCAUGGUACACAAUCCGGAGCCCCAUGUCCUUCUGUUUAGGAGGCCUAGGACAGACAUUCCCACCCCAGUUAAUGGCUUAGACGCUAGUACCUCAUCUACUGUCAAAGUA